AAAGAAACUAUAUUUGUCAAUGAACAUCAUGCACUAAGGAAUCGGGAAACUUUUGAAGGCGAAAGAAAUUGUCUGUUGGGAAGUUACCCUAGACACUCUAACUUUUCAGGUUUUUGCAUCAUUACAACAUCGAAUCAGUUUGCACUCGAAUUGACUUGCCCCUUUUUACACUCUGUAAACAAAACCGGUCAGGUGCGAAGAAAUGUCAUCAUUAUUAGAGUUAAUCGUGAUAUCAUAACUAUUUUUAAAAGAUAUCCAAGUUGUACAAAGUUCUCUGCUGAUCUUUUAUAUGAACUCUCAAUUGGAGUCUUAAAAUGAGUAAACAGGCACAAGCUCCUUCGGAAUUACAGUCCCAAGAAGACGAAGUGGUUCAAGUAGAAGCUGUUCCUCAAACAAGUCAGGUUGUCUACAAACUGAGAGACAUAGGGCGAGGAAUGGUCAGUGCAUGGAAAUCAAGAUUUCCAAGCUCAUAUAAAAAUGUCCAAAUAUCCCAUGGUGACAUAUUUAAUUAUGCUCCAGCUGCUGACGCUAUAGUGUCCCCUGCCAACAGCUUCGGUUGUAUGGAUGGAGGAAUUGAUAUGGUGUACUCCAGACACUUUGGUUGGCAAAUGCAGAAUCGCUUACAAAAAGUAAUUCGUGAAGAACUUGAUGGAGAAAUUUUGGUGGGACAAGCUGUAAUUAUCCCAGCUUACGAGGAGGAAAAUCCUCCCAAGGAAGAGGACCUGAAGGGGUGCAAUGAGGGGGCCCCCAUUAAGUACCUGGUAUCUGCCCCUACCAUGAGGGUACCCCAGAGUGUGGAAAACACUGUCAAUGCUUACCUGGCAUUCAGGGCUGUCGUAUUAGCAGUACAGAAACACAAUGCCAGAAACCCUGACAGCCAGAUACGCAGUGUGCUAUGUCCAGGCCUGGGAACUGCUGUUGGAAUGAUGGAUUUCAAGCAAUGUGCUCAACAGAUGUGUUUGGCAUAUGAGACUCAUGAAUUAAAACUACCAGAACACCGAUUUAGGGUCUGUCCAGAUAAUUUGUGGAUCAUGGAAGCAGAUCAAGAAAAAAUGAUAAAGGUAAAAGUUCAUAUUGAAUUACAUGCUAACUUGAAUGCAUUGUAUCACUCAGGUAUGAUUGUCAGGUGCAAUCGAUGUCACCUGAGAAAAUGAAGGCCUUAGGCAAUCAAGAGUACCUGUGAAACGGUUCACCAAGUUUCCACAAAUUGAUAUUACGUUUACUCGAAAAAAAAGUUACGAUUCCGCAAAUUUUUUUUUACUAUUCCACAAAAAAUAUGGCAUUAUGAUUCCUCAAACAUCUUACCUGGAUUACAGGUAAAUACAAAGCAUUCUUACCUGGAUUACAUGUAGAAACAUAGCAGUUCUAUGGCAUAUCUAUUUUAAAAUUCUGACAAUACAAACACACAGCACUGCAUAAAAUACUUGCAUUCGUUCUUAAUUCUAAGCAGUAGCACUACGAUGUUCUUAACUGUAUAUGUAUACAUUUGAUGCCAGAACAUAUUGCAUGUCUGUUCGGGGACCACAUUUGUACCCGACAGUCCUUAAAAAAUCAAUUCGGGUAAACCUCGUGUUUCAUAUAUUUUUCAUAUAUUCUGUACACAAAAAGUCAAGUGACUUAGUUUUUCUUUGUUCGUGAAAACAAAUAUAUUUGGGUAUGGGGAAUAGAAUUGAGAAUUGAAAUGGGUAUGAGAAGACUGUCCCAUUUGUGGUGCACUUUUCCCCAAUAUCUGGAGUUGUUCCCCAAAAUUGUGGAAAACUUGUUUUAGGUUCUGAAGACACACAAGAUCUUAUAAUCACAUAGUUGAACUUAUCACCACAGGUAAAUUGCGGAAACGUAAUGGUGGGGUACGAUAAUAGCUGUAUAUUUCAUUUGCGGAAAUGUAACAACAUUUUUUGCGGAGAAGUAAAAAAAACAUUUUUCAAAAUUUGCGGAAAAGUAACACGCCCCUGUGAAAAUGAAUGCCUUAGACGAUCAAGAUUCAGUGAAAAUGAAUGCCUUAGAAAAUCAAAAUCCAUUGAAAAUGAAUGCCUUAGAAAAUCAGGAUCACCUAUGCUAAUGAAUGCCUAAUAGAAAAUCAAGAUCUCCUGUGAAAAUGAAUGCCUUAGACAAUCAAGAUCCAGUGAAAAUAAAUGCCUUAGAAAAUCAAGAUCCCCUGUGAUAAUGAAUUCCUUAGACAAUCAAGAUCUCCUGUGAAAAUGAAUGCCUUAGAAAAUAAAGAUCGCCUGUGAAAUGAGACAAUGAAGAUGAAAAUGAAUGCCUUAAAUGAUCAAAAUCUCUUGACUGAAUGAAUGUUGUAGACAAUCAUGAUCACCCAAGAGAGAAUGUUAUAGACAAAAUCACUCAAGACAGAAUGUUGUAGACAAAAUCACUCAAGACCGAGUGUUGUAGACAAUCAAAAUCACCCAAGAGAGACUGUUGUAGACAAUCAAGGUCACCCAAGUGAGACUGUUGUAGACAAUCAGAGAGAAUGUUGUAGACAAUCAGAGAGAGUGUUGUAGACAAUCAAGGUCACCCAAGAGAGACUGUUGUAGACAAUCAGAGAGAAUGUUGUAGACAAUCAGAGAGAAUGUUGUAGACAAUCAGAGAAUGUUGUAGACAAUCAGAGAGAAUGUUGUAGACAAUCAAAAUCACCCAAGACAGAAUGUUGUAAACAAUCAAGGUCACCCAAAACAGAAUGUUGUAAACAAUCAAGGUCACCCAAGAGAGACUGUUGUAGACAAUCAGAGAGACUGUUGUAGACAAUCAGAGAGAAUGUUGUAGACAAUCAGAGAGAAUGUUGUAGACAAUCAGAGAGAAUGUUGUAGACAAUCAGAGAGACUGUUGUAGACAAUCAGAGGACUGUUGUAGACAAUCAGAGAGACUGUUGUAGACAAUCAGAGAGACUGUUGUAGACAAUCAGAGAGAAUGUUGUAGACAAUCAGAGAGAAUGUUGUAGACAAUCAGAGAGACUGUUGUAGACAAUCAGAGAGAAUGUUGUAGACAAUCAGAGAGACUGUUGUAGACAAUCAGAGAGACUGUUGUAGACAAUCAGAGAGAAUGUUGUAGACAAUCAGAGAAGAGAAUGUUGUAGACAAUCAGAGAGACUGUUGUAGACAAUCAAGAUUAACUGAGAAAUGUGAAGACAAGAUCCCCUCAGAAUGUAAAUAUUAAGUGCUAUCAAAGUUAUAAGAAAGAGAGAGAGAGAUAAUGUUAGUUGUAAUCUGUGCACUAAACAAUAACUAUUUAUGGAGAGUGGGGUUCUGAAGCAAUCAAGAUUCUACUUCAAGUCAGGUUGAUGAUUGACUGGAAUUCUAUUUCAACAGGGAGCAGAUAUUGAUGAUGGUGCAACACUUUUUGAUUGAGCUAAGAAACAUCAGAAGUGGAGUUGGCAGACUAUCACCACAUUCCAGUUCUCUCCGGGUUAACAGACGGUGAACAUCGAAUGUUUCAGUUACACUGUGAUCUAGAGUUUGAUGUUCUAGUUCAUAACAUGAGGAAACACUUAAAUUGUUAUCAGUGUCCAUAUAUUUGUACAUUUAUAAUUUAGAUUGCAAAGCAAUAACAUUCUUUUCUAUUCAUCAUUACAUUUUUUUUUUCACCUCAUUACUGAAACUCUGUUUAUAUAAGGACUAUUGUGUAUUUUGAUUUUUUUAGUAGUACAUGUAAAUGCAAUCAUUUAUUGUCAUGGACCAAUUUCAGAAAGGUUCUUAUUAAUGAGAAAAGAGAGGUCAGUAUGUUUACCUAACUCUCAAAUUUUGACAGGAGAAAAUGUUAUUAAAAUUGUGCAAUACAUUUUUCUACGAAAUAAA